CAUGUCAGUUCAUUUAAAAGGCUGAGUUUGCUUUUAUGGAAGCUGAUUGGCCGAAAAAAGACGUCAGGCAACCACUCCUGCGCUGGUGAUUGGCUGAGUUAGAAUGUUGCCGCCCACAAGCAGCUUAUAUAAACCUAAGCUUGUCGCCUCCAUCUUUUCUCCGGUUUCCCGCGAACCCGUUGUGUCUUGUCCUCCCGGCUCAGACGUCCGCAUCUGCAGAGAUGAGCAAACCCAGAGUCUUCUUUGACAUCGCCGUUGACGGCAGCCCCGCGGGCCGGAUCGUGAUGGAGCUGAGAGCGGACGUGGUGCCCAAGACUGCCGAGAACUUCCGCGCCCUUUGCACCGGAGAGAAGGGCUUCGGGUACAAGGGCAGCGGCUUCCACCGCGUCAUCCCCCGCUUCAUGUGCCAGGGGGGGGACUUCACCAACCACAACGGAACCGGAGGAAAGUCCAUCUACGGCAACAAGUUCGCCGAUGAGAACUUCACGCUGACGCACACCGGACCCGGCAUCCUCUCCAUGGCCAACGCCGGUCCGAACACCAACGGGUCGCAGUUCUUCAUCUGCACAGAAAAGACGGCAUGGCUGGAUGGCAAACACGUGGUGUUCGGCCAGGUGGUGGAGGGCAUGGACGUGGUGAGGAAGAUGGAGUCCUUGGGCAGCCAGUCGGGAAAAACCAGCGCCAAGAUCACCAUUGCAAACUGCGGGCAGCUCUGAGUUCUUGCACUUAAACCCGUCCCCACUGUAGCUACACCCUUUGUAGGCUCCGCCCCUCCAUGUUUCAACAUUCCUACUGAUGGAGAUUUAAAUGAUCAUCCCCUUUUUUUUUAAAAGAAAAUCUCGGUUAAGGUUUAUGUUGCUGCAUUUGUGAAUUUGCCUUUUGGAAGUUUUGUUUGACAUCUUCCAUUAAAGCCCCGACGUUUUUUUUUUUUUUUGUUUAAUCAAAGGUAUAAUAAAAUAAGAGAUGCCUCGACAAUGA